GGCUUUAAUUUGCUUAUAUCUAAUGAUUGCAGGAACCUCGCUUUAAAAUGGCGGCAUUCCGGGUACACCCCUGCUAAAGGCGCUCCCGCCACCGGGGCCACCUCGCCACAGCGCUGUUCUUGCUUCUACCGCUAACAGAUGGCAUGUGCCACUGCUGCCCCUGCCGCUGCCGCUGCCCCUGCCGCUGUCGCUGAGAGCUGGGCGCCUUAAGCCUCCGGCUUUGCGCUGAGCAGCUUAAGGUUCUGAAAAGUGCCUUUUCUGAAAACUCUGCUGCUUGGAUUCUACUCUAGAGCUAUCUCUUUUCAAACCCCUCUUCCAUACACCCUUCCCUGUUCCCCUACCAAACUGGUGUGCUUGUACUUGACUCUUAGCAACUUGUCCAUUUAUUUUUUUUCCUGUGAUUCUCAGUUGUCUUAGUCAUUUCCCCUCCCCCUGACUUCGAAGCAAACUGUUGUUUUUGAAAAAAUUUUAGAUAACAUCCUGCCCACCUUUAUUCUUUCAAGCUACGAAAUAAGGAGAAAGACUUUUUCUUUCCCUGAUCGGAGACCAUUCUACAAAUUGAAGGGCAGCCAGCAGCAUAUGUUUUUUUUUUUUAAGAAUAAUUGAAAACAUCAACUAGACAGCACAGAAUUCUUUUGAAAGUCUGCCAGUUAUUUGAAACAAAUUCAGCAAAGGAACAAAAUACAACAUUCGAUAUCUUAACCUUUACAGUUUGCCUUCUUAAGAGUUGGUCUCUAAUUUGGUUUUUAGUUCUUGUGAUAAAAACCUUGAUUUCAUAAGUUACUUUUUUUGGUUUGACUUGUUCAGAUUCGACUCAAAUAAAAACCUAAGUGCUAACAAGUAGACUGCACCAAAGCAACCUGUUCUCGCUUUCACAUUUAGCUCAAGUUCAUUUUGACUCCUUUACCAAUCCAUAGUCAUACUGUCCCAAAGAGGGUACACUGAAUUGUAAUUUUGCUUUCAAUAUGAUGGCUGUCAAUGUUGCCCUGAUUCGUGAUACCAAGUGGCUGACUUUAGAAGUCUGUAGAGAAUUUCAGAGAGGAACUUGCUCUCGAGCUGAAACUGAGUGCAGGUUUGCCCAUCCGUCAAGAGUUUGCCACGUGGAAAAUGGCCGUGUGGUGGCUUGUUUUGAUUCUCUAAAGGGUCGUUGCACUCGAGAGAACUGCAAGUACCUUCACCCUCCUCCACACUUAAAAACACAGCUAGAAAUUAAUGGAAGAAACAAUCUGAUUCAACAGAAGACAGCCGCCGCCAUGUUUGCCCAACAGAUGCAGCUCAUGCUCCAAAAUGCUCAAAUGUCAUCCCUUACUUCUUUUCCUAUGAAUCCAUCACUUGCAGCUAAUCCAUCGAUGGCUAUCAAUCCUUACAUACCUCAUCCUGGAAUGAGCCUGAUUCCUGCUGAACUGUUACCAAAUACACCUGUUCUGAUUUCUGGAAAUCCAGCUCUUGCAUUGUCAGGAGUUACUGCCCACAAACCAAUACGUUCAGAUAAAUUGGAGGUUUGCCGUGAGUUUCAGCGUGGAAAUUGUACUCGUGGGGAGAGUGAGUGCCGCUAUGCACACCCUACAGAUCCUUCCAUGAUUGAAGUGACUGAUAACACUGUGACGAUCUGCAUGGAUUACAUUAAAGGUCGAUGCUCCCGUGAGAAGUGCAAGUACUUUCAUCCUCCUCCACACUUGCAAGCCAGACUUAAGGCAGCUCAUUACCAGAUGAACCAUUCUGCUGCCAAUGCAAUGGCCCUACAGAAUGGUACACUUCAAAUGAUGCCAAAAAGAUCGGGCCUUGAGAAGAACAAUGGUGUCACUCCGGUGUUUAAUCCCAAUGUUUAUCACUGCCAGCAGACUCUGACUAACAUGCAGUUCCCUCAGCAGGCAUUUAUCCCCACAGGGCCAAUACUGUGCAUGGCACCCGCUUCAAGUUUUGUGCCCAUGAUGCACGGUGCUACACCUACCACUGUGUCUGCAGCAACAACAUCUGCCACCAGCGUGCCCUACGUUGCAACAACUACAGGCAAUCAGUUGAAGUUCUGAACAGCAGAGUUAUGGAGUAUCGGAAUCUUUCCAUGAGAACAUCCAUAUGGCCUUUCUAUAUAUAUUCUCAUGUGUCUUCUUCCACCAACACAACAAUAAACAUGGUGCAGUCAAUAUAUUAAACAAAGCAUAUCAGCGAGCCAAAAAAACAUAAAAAUAAAGCGUUAAGAAUCAAUGGAGAUGUUAAAAGAAAAUACCAAUACAAAACCAAUAACUACAAAUUCUCUUAGCUAUCAUAUUUGAAUUAGCAGAUAGAAUACAGCCCUAACAUUUUGUGAUUUUCCAAUUACCAUUAUGCUAAGUGAAUUUCCACAGUGGGCUUACUGUGCAUUCAUGAUGGAUGUCUGUUUUUGAAGUGUUAUCUUACUAUUUUGUUUACAGGAUAGUUUAUUGGGUUGAUCUAGAAAUAACAAAUAUUCAGUAUCAUUUUCUUUAUUAUUACAUUGUAUUGUCUUGGAAUGUGUUUAGUUGUUGCAUACCAUAGUGUUUUGCUGUAUAUUGUGGUGUUUGAGUUCAACUAAAAUGUUACUAGUAAAGAACAGAAGUGUGUGUACUUGUAAAACAUGGCAGGUUCAUGUUAAUAUGCUUUAUUUAGAAUAUUUCUGUAUGUUUCUUGGGACAUAGAUUUAAAGGGCUUCAUUUUGAGUGUGCAUAAACAUUUGUGUGCAUAAUUGUACUCUCUGAUCUAACUUUGCUGAUUUCCAUAAAUUGACUAAAUUUUUGGCAAGGGAAAAAUAAUUACCUAUAAAAAGUAGGAAGCUUAUUAAAACAUUAACCUCUAAUCACUCCUUAAAUAACUUGAAAAUAGAAUAUACACUUUUUAUGAAUUUCUCCCCAUUUGUACUAAAAAUUAUGUACUCAUUACCUUUUUUUGUAUCCCAAGAAUCCUAUUUCCUAAGUUGAGUGUCUAAAAGCAAGCCAUUUGUCAUCUUCUGCUGAGAAAUUGGCAGUUGAUGGCUUAAAGGUAUGCUAAUUGCAGGUUAAAAAAUCAAACAAAGAUAUGGGGGCAUGGGGAUAGUUUUUACAUACUGGCAGAAGGUGUGUAAAACCAUCGCAAAGUAACCUUCUGAGCAAGUGACAUUUUCCAAAUGUGAAUGGCUCAUGCUCUUUAGAAUACUCUUUGAAUAAUAAGUAAGAUGCAAUCUAGCAAAAGUCAGUCCAGGUGAAAGAGAAUUGGUUCCAAAUGAGGCCCUUCGUCUCCAAAUGGCCAAUUUCUCUAUUGAUCACUGAGGGAGUCUGAGCACAGGUUUGAGAAAUGGUAGGGUCAAGGGGCCAGGGAGUCAUUUAAAAUUGCUCUUUGAAUGAUGAAAAAGAACUAGAAGAAAUUUCUGCAGUUGUCCUUAGCAUUAGUUUUUCUGAGUUUCCAAUUUUGUUAAACACAUCAGUGAAAGAGCAAGUGCCUGUGAUUCAUGGCAAGCGUGUCCCUGCCCACACUUGAACAUCUGCAGACUUCUUUCUAAAAGCCUAAUAGUUUUUGCUUGGGUUCAUUAUUCUUUAUAUGAGCUUCACCACCAAGGUGAGCUGAAUUCUUAUUACUAAUUCUUAUGACAUAAUCAUACCUGUGUCAAACAGCAAUCAACUUCUGUAGCAUAUAGCCUACCUCCUCCAGUCUACUCAGUUAUUAAAAUUAUUAUUAUUAUUACAGUGGUGGGAUGAUGCAGUUUGCACCAACUUAGAUCAAUGUAAUAUGUUCUUCUAAAUGUAUAUUCUCCCACUGAAAAGUAUACAAUCAUCAAAAUUGAAAUUAAUAGAUAUAUAUGUAUGCCUACAUAUGCACAUAUAUGAAAAGAGUUGAUUUUCUUAUUCAAAAAAAUGACAAGAGAAAAAUCUUUAGGAUACUGUCAGCUAGUAGGUUUAAAUUUAUGAACAGUGGUGUUGACAAAGAUUUUUCACUGAUAAAACUGAGACCUAGAAAGUUCCACAGCCAUUGGGGGACCUGGUUGCGCUGUAGAACAUCGAGCAGUCUGGUUUAGAAUACAAAAGAGCAGAAUCCUCCCUGGUGGUUGGAAUCCUACCGAUCUUAACGAUCAAUAAUGCAAACCUUGCUCUAUCAAUGGUUUGUAAACAGUCUUGCUUGUAUUGAGCCACACUGUCUCUCCUCUGUUGGUUAACAGUGUUUCCUGGAAUUCAGGACUUUCCUUUUUCCCUGUAGUCUCCUUGAACCACUUCCUUUCUGUUUGCUAGAAUCUUAAUAUUUCUAGAGAAGUAGCGUAUGCCUUUUAAAAAUGCCUUGUGUAUGGAACUGAGUUUUGCAUAAUCUGUGCCUGGGCCUCUCCCGAAGGGCAGAUUUGAACACAUGAGUCCAGGAGGGAUUUACCUGAGCUAGUCUGGAUCCAUUUCUUACUGGAGAUGGGGAUGGUGUUUUGGUGCAAAAUGAACUUUUGCAUAGUUUGACAUUUUGAAGCAACAUACUAUCUCAUUUAACUUUUUAAUCUUUUGGCAAAGAUAUAGAUAGAUGAUAAACCUAGAGUAUACCUUAGUGCUUUAAGCACUGGAAGACAUUAAUAAUGACUUAUUUUUAGGAAGAGAUUCAGUGAGGGUCAUUCAGGGUAGUUGGAUUUUCGGUGCCAUGAUUUUAUUGAUUGUUGGCAUAUUGAAAGUUGCUGUGUAAAUGAAUAUAAAGAAAGCAAGCUCAAAGCCCUAAAGUUUUGAUCAAAUUGAAGAGUUUUGAGGAAAAUGUUAUUCUAAGAUAGCACUCUUUAAACUAGUUGUGCAAUGACUUAUUCAAAUCACCUUUAUUCAAGAAAAGACAAGACCAAUAAGUAGUAAGUCAUUAGACUAUAAAAUUCCAGUUAAAAAAACAAGUCACAAAACUAAUCAGUGACUCUAAAUGAAAAUAUACCUAAUGAACUGUAAAUAUUAAAAUUCUAAUCAUUUGUGAUUUUUACUUAAUAUUUUAUAAGCUUUGUAUUUUACAAGGUCCUCUAUUUUUAGUUAUCCCAAAUUAUUGUGUUUGUCCAUUUAUCUCAGCAUUUUGCAAAAAAGAAUAUGCAAGUGUUGAGCUAUGGACAAAGCAUGUCAUAUAUACAGGGAAAAAAAACCUGAGAGAUAUCUUUGAGAAGGUUUUAGUAGUUUCAACGUUUUACAAAAACACUAUGUAACCACAACAUGAGUAUAUUUUAAAGAGGGACUGAAUUUGAAAUAAAUGGAUUCAUAAAAUUUUUAUUUAAAUACAGUAUUUACUUUUGCAAUUGGAAAGUGAUUCCAAAACCAGCUGUUGCAUUUCAUUUCACUUUGCUAGAUUAUUCUUUAAUUGGCAGUUAAUCAUGAAAUCUAUCUUCUCUGUCCUCUAUCCAUCUUCAUCUGUUCCUGAACAUGCCAUUAAGUGUUGCCCUGUAUCACUAGGCUGUGUCCACUAAUGGAAGACCUCAGUUUACCUGUUCUCUGGUUUGAGAAAAAGUCAGCACCACGUCUCCUGCUAUCAGCAGGAACCAAAUGAAAUUAAUUUUUACAGCUAGAAUCAAUUUUUCACAUCAUGACCAGUAAGCAAAGUGAUGUUUGAAUAAGAAACAAAGUUUACAUUACAUUUGAUGAAUUAAGAGAGAAAACACAAGUACUAUUUGGAAUGCUGUUUGGAUCUUUUCCUCCCUCUUGGGAACGUGUCCAUAAUGAUGCUUUUAGGUAAAGCCCAGAUAGACUUUCUGAGAGCUUAUGGGGUAGGCUGUGGCGUACACAAUCAUUACUACAUUCUCCUUCUUUUUCUCAUACAUUUCAUAUACAAUGAAACAAAAAAUAAAAUUAGGAGGGAAAUCUGAUUUCCCAUUUCUAAUGAAUAGAUAUCAUAAGAUAGUGGAUCAGUGCCUAUUGAAGGUCAUAGAAUAUAUAGUAUAUAGAAGAGUAUAGCCACUGGCCCUGAAAGUUAGUUGAUAGCCUAAUCAAACUAUAAAUAUUAUGACAUGUAAACACUGAGCACCAACUUAUUAUCUGAUGUGUGUGUUCCUUUUUCUUAUUGUUAGUUUUUAAGGUUUUGUUUUAUUAUUUUCAUAUUGCUAAGUAACCAAUGGAUUUAAGUUUGAAGAAUUGUUAGAGAAAUCUUACAUUUUAGUACAUGUAUUCAGAUCAUUUAGACACUAACGCAUGCAAGAUGUAGGUUAUAGUUAAUAACUACUAUCGGAAACUCACAGUUUAAGAACACAUUUAAUGUUAUACAAAUAAUACUUGUCAAUGAAUUAUAUUUAGCUGUUGCUUUGGCAACAAAACCACAACAUGGCUACCUUUAGACAUUUGUGUGUCUGUGUGAAACUUUUAUCUGUAAACUAUAUGUGUGGUUUGUGACAGUAUGAACCUGUAGAAGAUACAGCUCAAAACUCAGAAAACAGAUAUGGUGAUUUUAAAAAAAAAGAGUUUUAGGUCCCCUGUGAAAGCUAAAUUUGUGUCCUCCUGUGACUUUUUGGUCAAAAAUUUUAUAGUGUACGGAUUCUAGAGUCAAGCCUUAUAGUUUAUAGAAUCUGUUGUAUAAACAGGGUUAUUCCACAGUAUUUUGAACUCAAACAUAUCCAUAGCAUAGAUAAAAUAUUACCUGACCCUUUUCUUAUAACUUUGUUCAAAAUUACCUAUUCAUAUGGCAUAUUGUAGUUGUAAAAAAAAAGUGUUUUGUAGAAUUACAUCUAAAAAUAUAUGUAAGGAUCAAAGGAUGAUAAAAACAUUCUAAAAUGAUCUCAUAUUUGUGAAACCAUAAAUAAGGAUACUGUGGAUUAAUCCCUUAACAGUGUUUAUGAGACAUAUGCUGCAGUUACCUGAUUGUCUCAGUUAGGGUGCGAAUGUGUGAGACACACCUUUUUUGCACUUAUGUACAUAGUCCAUGAAAGCAAUCCUUGGAGCUUGUUUUUAAACAUAAGAACUCUGUGAUAAUAGUGGAAAAGUAAGGGAGAGAGUGCUUUCUAAGGCUUAGAAAAGGAGGCAAUUUUCCCCUAAGACUUAGCAAAAGCAAGGAGUUGCAUUGCUAUUGUGGAGGCCUUCCUCUUGGCUACAGCUAACCAAAAGGAAGUUUGGGAACAGCAUCACGUUACAACAUGGAACCAGAGAAGAAGUAUGUCUCUUAGCAAGAUCAGUAGCAAAGAUUGCUUGCUUUAGAAAAUUAAUCCCCACUAUAAGCAUUCAUCCAACACACACACACACACACACACACACACACACACACACACACACACAGAGUAGGUUUUGGCAAAGGUUUUGUAUCAAUGAUUCUAAGCUAGUGAAAUACCAUUUAAAUUGUGAGAUGUUCUCAUUAAAGUCAAUCACAUUUCCCCCUUCAAUAAAACAUAUUGCUCUAUGCAUCAGCUUAUCAUGGCAAUCAGUUAGCAUGUAUUUAAGUGACAAAUGGUUUGUGCUGAUCUCUGUUCCUCCUUUAAGAUGCAGAAGCUCAAAGUGAAGUGGCAAAUAUUGAAAAAUGUCACUUACAGUUAAGUAUGGCCAGUCCAGGGUAGUUUAUCCCCUUCAACAAAGGAAACCAUGCUCCUGGAAUGACAUUAGAAAUAGCAUUAUUUGCAUUCUACCUGUUCAGUGGUAGCUGUUUUCUGACCUACCUUUAGCAGAUUACUAACUACUUCAUUGUACCACUUCAGCCUCCCAAUGUUUUGUCUGAAUGAAGCAGAAGAGAACCAGACAAAAUCUUGCAUAACACAAGAGCUGGAAGCAAAUGUUUCAGUCUAACCAUCUUUUCCAGUUUUAGCCGCACUCCACCUGCAGAUAGCCAUAGAAUUUUCUUUUCAUUCCCAGGCAGUGAGGCCUAGGAAAAGUCUAAGUUAGAAAGAUUAACAAUGGAUCACUGUAGGUGCUUUGAGUCCUUCAUAUCUUGAGGCUGGUAGCUCUUGCCCUGUACGAGGAACCCAUCCUGGGACUAGGGGGCUUGGUAAUGAGACAUUGCUACACAGUUUUGCUAGCUUUCACUCCAGAGUCAGAAAAUUAGGGCUGCAGCUCUCCCCUCAUAAGAACCUGGGUUCCAGCCCUAGCACCAAAACAAGAAAAGAGAUAGAAAAGCCAAAGCCAGAAAACAAUCCAAGCCUUAUAGUUAUCCAAUAGCUCAGGACCAAUUGGCUAGAAAUUUCGUUCUCCCUUCAGUUCAUAAUCAUUUAGACUCAGUCUGACAAUCUGAUUAGCUUUUCCAUUGAUAUAAAAUAGAAUAUAUAUACACACACUAUAUAUAUGUAUACAAUAUAUAUAAUAUGUAUAUUGUAUAUAUAUAUAUGUAUUUGUACAUAGCAACUUCCAACUGCAGCCUUAUCACUAGCAUAAUUUAAUGUUGUCAUUUCAUUAUAAAGCUGUAAGCCACAUAAAAAAUUUUCAUAAGGUCAAUAGAGAGAUGAAACAUUUUUGCAUGAGUGUAUGUGCAUGGGACCAGGGAUGGAACCCAGGACCUUGCAUUAGGUAGACAUGUGCUCUACCACUGAGAUAAGAUUUUUAAGUCAGAAAGAAUCAUUUGUAAAACAUUAGAAAGAUCCCAAAGCAUCACAAAAGAACUUCAAGGAAUUGGUGCCAUUGAUGUGCAUGCUGUGUCAUACUCUAAAGCUAAAACACAGUGACUGUUUAAAGCAAAAGAAGUUACAGAAUGAAAUGUAAACAAUAUGUUUAACUGAGGCCACAAAAAUGACCUCUAUUAGGAUAUAGGCUGAUUAAUUCCAUUCCCAGCCUCUCUAUUUGUUCUGAACUGUAAGGAAAUUAAUACUCAAAAAGUGGAUUCUCCCUGAGAACUUUUGUGCAUACGUAGAAACCAUCCUCAAUUUUGUUAUACCUGAAAGGAAAAAAAUAUAUCACUCCAAACUUAGCACUCUUUGCAGAUAUUGAAAGAAUUCUCACUAGUCACCUUCUACAUCAUACUAUUUUUAAAAAUACCUCUGUAAUAAGACACAAAAAGCCUACUACUAAGUAGACUCUUUUCCUCCCAACACACAACCUAAAGAUAAAACUGUCAUAGAACUGCAUGGUUUUGAAACUUUAUUCAUUAUGCAAAUACUAUUUGUGGAUGAUAGAAACCAAAUUAUUUUGCUGCUGUGUCUUUUUUUGUUUUAGUAGUUGAGAGAAUGAUAUACCACCAUCGUCUCAUUUCUGUUUCCUUUUUUAUUAUGGUUACUGAUUUAAUUAUUAGAAAAUGAGCCAAUUGUUACCAUGUUUCAAAUCAUAGCCAUUUAAAAUAAGUAGGUUUUGGAGGAAAUGGAGCAUGUUUGUUUUGAGGAGGUCUCUCUUUGUAUUGCCUGGGCUAGUCUUGAACUCAUGAGCUCAAGCAAUCUAAUCCUCUCACCUGAAGUAAGUGGUAGAUUGUGCCCAUCUAUAAAUUAAUUUUUUAAUUAAAGUUACAUUAAGUGUAAACAUUUUAAGGGUGAACUUUAUGCAAUCAUCUAACAACAAUUUCAAAUGUAGAAAAUGGCAGUUUAAAAAUACCUAAAAUUGGUCUGGAAGAGUAGCUCAGUGGUAGAGUACCUGCCUAGCAAGUGUGAGGUCCUGAAUUCAAAUUGUUCAACGGAAAAAAAGAACAAACAAAAAUACCUAAAAUUAGAAAAUAAUUACCCUGUUACAAUAUAUAUUUGAAGAAUCAAAAUACUUAAGAAUAUAAACUAUGCUCAUAAUAUUUUGCCUUCAAAAUGCAAUAGCUCAUUCCCUCAACUGCAGAUCAUUGCCUUUUUGUUUUUUGCUGUAGUGUUAUAGUGCUUGUUUAUGUUUAUGUUUAGAAAUAUGCAUCAUGUAACCCAUUUUAGUAUGCUACUUCUUUAUUUUUUGUUCUUUUAAUAAAGUGUGAAAAUUCCUUG